GAAGUGAAGAAACUAACUCCUUUUCCCCCCUCUUCGCAACUCCGGUGGCAGCGUGACCCUCCAUCGCUUCAAAUUCUAAAGAAAACCGAGUUAACAUUCGUUAAGUCUUCUUAGAAGUUGUCGGAACUAACUCCACAGCCGCGCUUCAGCUGUUUUGGAGGAAUCCUCUGCAUCAAACUAACCGGAAGUGCAGCGUAGAGGGCAUCGGCGCGAGGAUGGCUGCGUACAAGCUGGUUCUGAUCCGCCACGGCGAAAGCUGCUGGAACCAAGAGAACCGCUUCUGCGGGUGGUUCGAUGCGGACCUGAGUGAGACCGGAGAGCAGGAGGCCAGGAGGGGAGGACAGGCCCUGAAAGAUGCUGGCUAUGAAUUUGAUCUUUGCUACACCUCGGUCCUUAAGAGGGCCAUCCGCACCCUGUGGUUUGUUCUGGACAGCAUCGACCAAAUGUGGCUGCCCGUCCACCGGACCUGGCGGCUGAAUGAGCGCCACUACGGGGGGCUGACGGGGCUGAACAAGGCUGAGACGGCUGCCAAACACGGAGAGGCUCAGGUCAAGAUCUGGAGGCGUUCCUUUGAUAUUCCUCCACCAUCUAUGGAUGAGGAGCAUCCCUUCUAUCAAAACAUAAGCAAGGAUCGGCGUUACGCUGAUCUGACAGAGGACCAGCUCCCCAGCUGUGAAAGCCUUAAGGACACCAUUGCCAGGGCUCUCCCUUUCUGGAACGAAGAGAUUGUACCUCAGAUCAAGGAGGGAAAGAGGGUCCUGAUCGCUGCCCAUGGAAACAGUCUGCGGGGCAUCGUGAAGCACCUCGAGGGUAUGUCAGAGGAAGCCAUCAUGGAGCUGAACUUGCCCACAGGCAUUCCCAUUGUGUACGAGCUGGACAAGAACCUGAAGCCCAUUCGACCUAUGCAGUUCCUGGGAGAUGAUGAGACCGUUAAAAAGGCCAUGGAAGCUGUGGCUGCUCAGGGAAAAGCCAAGAAAUAGACGUGUCAUAGCCCUGCAGAAUAGAGUACAGAUCAGUUAUGUGUUGCUUUUUCAAUAAGUUAUAAAAAAAGGGUCAUUCGACGUUUGUGGCAUCACAGACUCGCACAACUGUAGACACACGAUGUGCACUUUAUAGAAAGAAUAUCUUUGCUUUCACACAAACGUACAAUCUAAUGCCUGAUUUUAUUGGUCGUGUGCUGAAAUGCACAGAAACAUGAAGAUUAGACUGUAGAAUGUGGUUUAAACCGCGACCGAACAGAAAUUAGGGACCAGAGAACAGAAACAAAAUGUAACUACCAAUGCAGAUCUGUCUUUAAAACAUUCCCACCAACAAUCCUGUAGUUAAAGCUCAGUGUUUUAAAAGGGCAAAUGUUUGUGUUCUGUACUACUGAACUUUGUUUGCUGUGGUGUUGUGAGGAAGAAUAUUAAAUGUUGAAAAAAUAAA